AUGCGCGGGCCGGAUGCCAUGGCUGCACACCUGGAGCUGGUGCGACAGGUGGCGGCAGCGGACGUCAAGUCCAAGGGCCGCGCUGGGAUCCCGCCGGAGCUUUCAGCGCCAGUGCUGGCGGCGAUCGCGCUGCAGGCCCGUCAGCGCGCGGCCGAGGCAGCGUCAGCCGCUUCCGCCCAGGCCCUCAGCGAGCAGGCGGCCCAAGCAGCUGCGACGCCCCUGCCGGUGCCAAGCCGGCGAGAGGUUGCCCUUCGGAGCUGCAAAGAUAUGGCCAUCCAGGCGGGCGAUUCCUUGGACACUGAGACAAGGCCAGAGCCGCCGGUGCUUCCGGCGCUAGCCGUGGAGCCAGAGCGCGAAGUGGAAGUGGACGAGGACGGCUCCCCCAUGCCAGUAGCGGAGCACCGCUUCGUGGCCGUGGAGCCGCCGGCCGCGAUGCUGGAGCUCCGCCAGUUGCUGGAGGAAGCCACAAGUCUGGGCCCGGAGCUCCCAAAGCACCCGCAGCUGGCAGGGGACGUCACGCGGCUACUGGCAGAGCUGGAGUCAGCUGUCCUGGAGCAUGUGGUGGAGGAUGCCGCUGCAGCUGCCGCAGAGCUGGCAAGCCGCAAGGAAGCCGCAGGUGCAGGUGCUGACAGGUUCGACACCGCGCAGGACUUCGUCGACAGCUGCCGGCAAUUCGAAGAUGAGCUUUGCAAGAAGUACGGGGUCGCAAAAAGAUAG